CAGUGUCUAUUUUGUCGCCGCGCUGAAACCCACGUGCUUGCACUUUAAAACAUUUUAAAAGUUUAUCAUUACAAAUAGUAUGAUUUAUUUAUUGUAAAUAUUUUACUAAUUAAUAAUUAAACUAGAAAUGAAUAAAAGAAAAUCCGAAGAAAUGGAAGAAAGUGACGGAACAGUCCACACAGUAUUGGCAAGGUUCAAGUCUGAAAAAGGUGAAAUUCUCCCAGAGACCUUUAAUUUACCAGGAGGAACAACCGCCAAGCAGUUGGAGGGAAUCUGCAAUAGUUUACUCCAACAAGAGGAGCCGGUUCCAAUUUCAUUUUUCAUAAACGACGUAGAAGUCGUCGGUAGUCUUCAGGAAAAUUUAAAGGGCAAUGAUUGCGAACAAGUUAUUGAUAUUGUUUAUCAACCACAAGCUGUUUUCAAAGUGCGCGCUGUUACUCGAUGCACCGGAUCCAUCGAAGGACAUAAAGAAGCAGUAAUAUCCGUGGCAUUUUCUCCAAACGGAGAGAGUUUAGCCAGUGGGUCUGGUGACACCACCGUCAGAUUCUGGGACAUUCACACCCAGACUCCCUUGUACACUUGCGAAGGUCACAAGCACUGGGUUCUCUGCAUAUCGUGGUCCCCUUGCGGCAGCAAACUCGCCUCAGCUUGUAAAAACGGAGUGAUAAUGCUGUGGGAUCCAGAAACUGGAAAGCAGAUUGGUAAAAUGAUGAAGGGGCACAAACAGUGGGUCACAGCCUUGUCUUGGGAACCUUACCACCGUAAUCCGGAUUGCAGGUACUUGGUGAGCGCUUCUAAGGACAGCGAUCUCAGGAUUUGGGACACUAAGCUCGGACAGACGACUCGAGUGUUGGCUGGACACACCAGGAGUGUCACCUGCGUCCGCUGGGGCGGUCGUGGCUUGAUUUACUCCGGGUCGCAGGAUAGGUCUAUCAGAGUUUGGAGAGCUGAGGAUGGUGUUCUUUGCAGAGUUUUGGAUGGACAUGCUCACUGGGUCAAUACCUUGGCACUAAAUGUCGACUAUGCUCUAAGGACUGGACAUUUUGAGAUAGUUAAAAGCCCUAAUUCCCCUGAGGAUCUUCAAGAGCGAGCUCUGAAACGCUAUCAAGCUUUGGGGGACGAAAAAUUGGUAUCUGGAUCCGAUGAUUUUACGCUUUAUCUUUGGAACCCGGAGAAAGAUAAAAAACCUAUUGCGAGAAUGACAGGCCACCGUCAGUUAGUAAACGACGUUAAAUUUUCCCCGGAUGGCCGGCUAAUUGCAUCAGCCUCGUUUGAUAAAUCGAUAAAAUUGUGGGAAGCAGUUACAGGAAAGUUUAUUAAAAAUUUGCACGGUCACAUUCAGGCUGUUUUCUCAAUCGCUUGGAGUGCUGACUCUCGGCUACUGGUAAGUGGUAGUUCUGAUUCCACGCUCAAGGUCUGGGACGUCAAGGCUCAAUCUUUGGCUCAGGACUUGCCAGGACACGCUGAUCAAGUUUAUGCUGUUGAUUGGUCUCCUGACGCUAUGAGAGUUGCCUCUGGAGGCAAAGACAAAGUUCUCAGACUCUGGCAGAAUUGAUUUUUUACUGUAAUUAAUAAAUUUAAUAGUAUAAUAAAAUUUCAUUAUCCUUUAAAAUUUUU